AUGGUGCUCGCGGAGCUGGGCGGGCGCAUAUCGCGCGCCAUCCAGGCGAUGAACCGCGUGACGGUGAUCGACGAGAAGGCGCUCAACGAGUGCCUCAACGAGAUCACGCGCGCGCUGCUGCAGGCCGACGUGUCCUUCAAGAUGGUCAUGAGCCUGCAGCAGAAUAUUAAAAGAAUCGUCAAUCUCGAGGAACUGGCUGCGGGGCAUAACAAGCGAAUCAUCAUUGAAAAGGCGAUAUUCAACGAGCUGUGCAACAUGCUGGACCCCAACACAACGCCGUACCAGCCCAAGAAGGGCAAGCCCAACAUCAUCAUGUUCGUCGGCCUGCAAGGGUCCGGUAAGACAACGACGUGUGGCAAGUACGCGCACUUCUACCAGCGCAAGGGGUGGAAGCCCGCGCUCAUCUGCGCCGAUACCUUCCGCGCGGGUGCCUUUGACCAGCUCAAGCAGAACGCCACCAAGGCCAAGAUCCCAUUCUACGGCAGCUACACGGAGACGGACCCGGCCAAAAUCGCCCAGGAGGGCGUGGCGAUAAUGAAGAAGGAGGGGUGCGACCUGAUCAUCAUCGACACCAGUGGUCGCCACAAGCAGGAGGCCUCGCUCUUUGAGGAGAUGCGCCAAGUCUCCGAGCUCACGAACCCUGACCUGGUGCUGUUUGUCAUGGACAGCAGCAUAGGCCAGGCGGCAUACGACCAGGCGCAGGCGUUCAAGGCGAGUGUGCCCGUGGGAGCUGUCAUCAUCACCAAGAUGGACGGCCACGCCAAGGGUGGUGGCGCCCUCAGCGCUGUGGCGGCCACCAAGUCGCCAGUGAUCUUCAUCGGUACAGGAGAGCACAUAGACGAGUUCGAGCCGUUCGAAACCAAGGCCUUCGUCAGCAGACUGCUGGGCAUGGGCGACUGGACGGGGUUCAUGGAUCGCAUUCAGGACGUGAUCCCCAUGGACCAGCAGCCCGAGCUGCUGCAGAAGCUGCAGGAGGGGCACUUCACGCUGCGCAUCAUGUACGAGCAGUUCCAGAACAUCCUCAAGCUGGGCCCGCUCGGCCAGGUGAUGUCGAUGAUCCCAGGGUUCACCCAGGAGCUGAUGCCCAAGGGGCGGGAGAAGGAGAGCACAGCACGGCUCAAGAAGUUCAUGACCAUCAUGGACUCCAUGACCGACCAUGAGCUGGACAGCACGAACCCCAAGUUGUUUCACGACACCAAGCGCAUCAUCCGUGUAGCCCGGGGCUCCGGCCGGCACCCUCUCGAAGUGCAGGAGCUGCUGGAGGAGUACCGCAAGAUGGACAAGAUCUGGAGCAAGAUGAAGGGGCUCAAGAUGAUGGGCGGGGGAGGGAAGCGGGGAGGUCUCGGAGGCGACAUGGGUGCGGCUGCGAGGAACAUGAACGCGGCGCAGAUGGCAAGGGCGCUGCCGCCGCAGAUGCUGCAGCAGAUGGGGGGCUUGAACGGGCUGCAGAACCUGAUGAAGCAGAUGAACUCGUCCGAGUUUGCGAAUAUCCUCGGCGGGAAGAUGGGGGGGAUGGGGCAAUGA